AUGAGUUUGAAAGAUUUAUCUGCUUAUGGAGAUCAGCAGCGGACCAUUAUGAUUCUGAGAGCGAACAUGCUCGGAUUCCAGAAGAGAUUGAUCUUUAUAGCCGGAAUUAUCUUCUUCUGUCUGCAGUAUGGGUGGAUUUAUUGGACAGCAGAGAAACUGAUUUAUUUUUCAAUAAAAUUGGGCGUCAUUUUUUAUGAAUCUUUAAACGAGGUGGUUCUGAAGUGUUUCGAUUUUAUGGCGAUCCUUGCUGUCUCAUUCUGGUACUUUUGCAUGGCGAGAAAAACCGUGAAGCACGAAAAUUCCGAUUCCGCGAAACGAAAUGAAUUUCUGUUCAAAGGCCGUACCUCCUAA